CGCUGCCGCCUUCCGCGCGUCGCGCUGCCCGCGAGCCACCAUGUCCGACCCCGCGGUCAACGCGCAGCUGGACGGGAUCAUUUCGGACUUCGAAGCCUUGAAGAGGUCCUUUGAGGUCGAGGAGGUCGAGACGCCCAACUCCACGCCGCCCCGGAGGGUCCAGACCCCCCUCCUCCGGGCCACUGUGGCCAGCUCCACCCAGAAAUUCCAGGACCUGGGCGUGAAGAACUCAGAACCCGCCGCCCGCUAUGUAGACUCCCUCAGCCAGCGAUCCCCCAAGGCGGCCCUGCGGAGGGUCGAGCUGUCGGGCCCCAAGACCGAGCCCGUGUCCCGGCGCACCGAGCUAUCCAUCGACAUCUCGUCCAAGCAGGUGGAGAACGCCGGCGCCGCCGGGCCGUCCCGGUUCGGGCUCAAGCGGGCCGAAGCGCUGGGCCACAAGACGCCGGAGCCCACCCCGCGGAGGACGGAGAUCACCAUAGUCAAGCCCCAGGAGCCAGCCCACCGGAGGAUGGAGGCCCCCGCCUCCAAGGUCCCCGAGGUGCCCACCGCCCCCACCGCUGAUGCUGCCCCCAAGAGGGUGGAGAUCCAGGUGCCCAAGCCGGCCGAGGUGCCCGCCUCCCCUGUCCCAGCCCAGACCCUGGAGAAUUCAGAGCCCACCCCGAUGUCUCAGCUGCAGAGCAGGCUGGAGCCCAAGCCCCAGCCCCCCUUGGCCGAGGCCCCGCCCAGGAGACAGGAGGCCACCGAGGCAGCUCCUGGCUGCGCGGGCGACAUGGCCGACACCCCCAGGGACGCCGGGCUCAAGCAGGCCCCCGCCCCGCGGAAUGAGAAGGCCCCUGCGGACUUCGGCUACGUGGGGAUCGACUCCAUCCUGGAGCAGAUGCGCAGGAAGGCCAUGAAGCAGGGCUUCGAGUUCAACAUCAUGGUGGUCGGGCAGAGCGGCUUGGGGAAGUCCACCUUGAUCAACACCCUCUUCAAAUCCAAAAUCAGCCGGAAGUCGGUGCAGCAGCCCACGGCGGAGGAGCGCAUCCCCAAGACCAUCGAGAUCAAGUCCAUCACACACGAUAUCGAGGAGAAGGGCGUCCGCAUGAAGCUGACGGUCAUCGAUACGCCGGGCUUCGGGGACCACAUCAACAAUGAGAACUGCUGGCAGCCCAUCAUGAAGUUCAUCAAUGACCAGUACGAGAAGUACCUGCAGGAGGAGGUCAACAUCAACAGGAAGAAGCGGAUCCCUGACACACGCGUCCACUGCUGCCUGUAUUUCAUCCCGGCCACCGGACACUCCCUCAGGCCCCUGGACAUCGAGUUUAUGAAGCGCCUAAGCAAAGUGGUCAACAUCGUUCCGGUCAUCGCCAAGGCCGACACACUGACUCUGGAGGAGAGGGUCUACUUCAAGCAGCGGAUCACCGCCGACCUGCUGUCCAACGGCAUCGACGUGUACCCCCAGAAGGAGUUUGACGAGGACGCGGAGGACCGGCUGGUGAACGAGAAGUUCCGAGAGAUGAUCCCGUUCGCUGUGGUCGGCAGUGACCACGAGUACCAGGUGAACGGGAAGAGGAUCCUCGGCAGGAAAACCAAAUGGGGCACCAUUGAAGUUGAGAACACCACACACUGUGAGUUUGCUUACCUGCGGGACCUGCUCAUCAGGACGCACAUGCAGAACAUCAAGGACAUCACCAGCAGCAUCCACUUCGAAGCCUACCGCGUGAAACGCCUGCAUGAGAGCAGCGUGUCCAACGGCGUGGAGGACCAGGAGCCCGGAGCCCAGGAGAUGUAGACCUGCCCUGCCCCCGGACCCAGCCCCCAGC